UAUAAACCUAUGGCUAGUAAAUACACGGGAAGACAUGGCCAGACUGUCCAGGCACGGCCGGACAGUGUGCUCGUCUCGUCGUCUCCGAAGACAACCUCGGCUGGAGUUGAAAUGAAAUGCAGCGACCUUAAUUCAAGCCUAGAUUCAGCAGUGAUAAGCAGCACAGGUGCAACUGUUCAUACUGAUGACUUCUUGGCCUAGCCAGGGCCAGCUGAGGAUACAGUUAAACCAUAUAAAUGGUGGAGGAUGUGUUUGCACCCGCGCGACAGCAUGAGAAAGCAUAAUAUUUGAGACGGAGAAAUUAAAGAAAUUAAACCCUAAAGUAGUAAAAUUUACAAAAUUUAUACGCACAGUACAAAAUACUAAAAACCAAAUUCGAUGCCUGUUUCAAAGUUCAACGGAACGGAUAGCGCUAAAGGAGCUUGUUCUGCGCCACAAAAAGCAGGGCGCCAAAUGGAGGGGUGACGCAACUGGUCCGUGCAUCCACGCAUCGUCAUCACCAAGUGAAGCUGCCUACCACAUGCUCUACGGUGGUCCUUCGUUAUAUCAAUCUUUAUCUGGCUGGACGCUUGAACAUCGACGCUUCUUCCUUCCAUUCAGCUAAAACCUCGUAAUUGCGCCCAAACUCGUCAUUUUAAUCUUUGAAAGGAUGAAAACAGCUGCGCGCUAAGCCACCUUGACCGCCUUCCCUGCAUCUCUUUCGCUUUCUUCCCCGCUGAGAGAUUCAUCCACGUUCGAUCAAAGUACGCGCGCGAUACCGCGUCCUGGCCGAUCGACUAGUUAUAAAAUAUUCUAUUCGUGCCGGAGACUAGGUUACAUCCUUGACCAUGUGGAAUGACGAAGACAACAACCCGUACGGCACGAGCUUCGACCGCCGCGAUUCUCAAACGUCAUCAUCCAUAAACCCAGCGUCUCCGUCUGCGCGCGCCUAUCGACCGUUUGAGGCCAAUGACACACUGCCUAAUGACGAUGAUGAAUCCCCGCAGCUUCCGAGUCCCUCGCUGGCAAACCCGGCUACCGUCGAAGAGACCAGCCCCGUACCAGAAGAAGUGCAAACGCGCAGAAGACCUGGCGGGUAUACCAGCCGUAUUGAGCAAAUUCUAGACGAAAAUCCGGAUAUGUCUAUUCUCAUCACUGAAGCUGGAAAAAGUCAUGAGAGUGGAGGGAAACCGAUCGUAUACACAAUCAGAACUGGCGACCUCGAGGUCCGACGCAGAUACUCCGAGUUUGCUUCUCUCCGUGAAGCUCUAACACGACUUCACCCAACCCUCGUCAUCCCGCCCAUCCCUGAGAAACAUACCAUGGCUGAUUACGCGGCGAAUCCAGCGAAUGCAAAACAAGAUCAACAAAUAAUUGAUCUAAGAAAGCGAAUGUUGGCGGUAUUUUUGAACCGAUGUAGACGGAUGGACGACAUCCGUAAUGACGGUGUUUGGUGGCGAUUUCUCGACCCAAACGCUAGCUGGAGCGAAGUUCUUAAUUCUCAUCCUCUUGCAUCCAUUCCGAAAUCAAUCUUGAAAGCUCCUCCACUUGAUACGGCAAACCCCAGCAUUGGCCACAACUUUCUGCCGGUCCCGGCGUCGUCAGCAAAGCUGAGGACAGCGUCAGGCACAAAUGCUGAGUUGACCUCACCGGUUCUCCAGAGUUCUCCCUACGGUAUAGAGCGUUUCCCACCCGAUUCCGCGAUAUUGUCUGAGCACGAGUUGGACCCGUACUUCACGGCCUACGAAGCGUCGAUUAAGGAAAUGGAGCAGCUCCUCACAGGCCCUAUGGAAAGGGUUAAUAGAAGGACUCUGGGCCACCUUUCAUCUCUCGCCAAAGAUUUAUGUGAACUGGGAUCGUUAUAUAACGCCUUUGCUCUUUCCCAACCAGCACCAUCUCUCAGUCUUGCGAUCGAGCGCGUCGGUCAAGCUGCUGAUUCAACAUAUAUUGCGACUGAAGAACUUGCUGGUCUUCUCGGAGCUAGCUUUGCCGAGCCCAUGCGCGAGAAUGCCCAAUUCGCCGGGGUAGUAAAGAGCGUUCUCAAAUAUCGAGUUUUAAAACGAGUGCAGCAGGAGCUUACAACAGAAGAGCUAGGCAAGAAACGGGCGCUUUUGGAGCAGCUCGAGAGGAGCGAAGCUGAAGCUCAACGUAUAGAGCAGUAUCUAUCUAGCAGCCAGCAGCUUACACCGCCACCGAAACGAUCGACCAGUUUAAAGGAGCCCGGUAGUCAUCGAAGAGAUGGGAGCCAGGAUGACAUUGAGUCGGUCGAUUCUGACUUUCCCCCAACUCAUGGCGAAUUCCGACCUCCUGUUCCGUCUGCCAACCAAGGUCUUCCAGAGAGAAGUGCAAGUCUCUCACAGAAGAGGAUUUCUGGCAGUAACUCAUUGACCAACCGGAUUUUCGGUCCACUGAGGCAUGCUGUGCAAGGCGUGGUCGACGUUGACCCAGAGCGCACGCGACGAGACACUAUUGGCAAGACAAGGGAAUCAAUAGGGCAACUAGAGCAAGCACAAAUUGUUUCGGAAAAGGAUGUCAAAGAAGCCAGUGCAAGUGUGCUUAAGGACCUUCAACGCUUUCAAACACACAAAGAAGAGGACCUGAGGAGAUACAUGCUCGCGUAUGCCAAAAGUCAAGUCGAAUGGGCUAAAAAGAGCAAGCAACACUGGGAGGAAGCCCGCGCUGAAGUCGACAAGAUUGAGGAAGUCUAAUCCAGCGUUUCGGUGGUGUCAACAGCCGGCUAUGUAGACAGGACGGAAACUGUAGAUUUUUGUUCGUGCGGUUCUAGUUAAACAAUUAUAUUUGCCUUUUCCCAUAAAAAUAAACGAAAGCUCACUAUUUAUAAGGACACUAAUCUAUAAAUAAAAAGGCGUGGCAGAAUUAUACUCCAAAUAUAUAGAUGCGGCGCUGCACUCUGCAAAGUGUUAUCGAUAACCACAGACACUGUUAGGGGUAGGUUGCGUAGGGGAGCAAUACUAUAAAUUUUAGAGAUAUUUUCGUAGAGAAGUACGAGGCUUUUCCUUGUUAUUUCACUGGUAUUAUUCC